AUGGACAGCGAAGAGUUGAUUUCGGUUGUAUAUGAUGGAGAUCGCGAUACUGCAAAGCAGAUUAAAGAUGGUUUAAUAGAUGAAAAAUAUCAAAGUUUUAGUAGCUAUUUGAAAGAUGUUGCACAGUUGAAGAGCAAUCCGGGUAGUGAAUAUUAUGAAAAAAUUACUUUUCAUUGCAAAGGCUUUCAAUUAAAUUAUUCACAAUUGUCAGAUAAUGCUGAAUUUAAAAACGCCAAGUCAACCAAUAAAAUCAUCAUAGGAGAAAAGAUUUUUAGAGAAGAAUUUAACAAACAAGAAGCAAAUGAUGAACAAGGAAAAGCUCAGAUACUAGAAAAAUAUCAAGCUAUAACCGAAGUUCUUGAAACUUGUGACGAAAAAGAACAAAAAGAAAUUUGCAUUCUUUUGUUGAGCAAGAUGCUUGCUGUAAAGUGUAAAAUUGAGGACGAAUGAAAUUGCAAAUCAUCAGAACAAUAAACUGCUGUUUAAAGGCCUCCUUGU